CUUUUUUUUUUUUUGUUGUUUUUGUUGUUCAUGGAGAGCAAAAACCCCAGGCAAGCGGAGGAGGACCGGGACUCCUUUGCGCGGAGACCUUUGCAUCAAAAUGCUGAUAGUCGAAAAGACGACUGACUACCCUUCGGCUGAGUACUCCCUGGUGGAGGAUGUAGCCCUCCACUUCACGUGUUUGAUGGACAGACUGAACGAGCAGCGCCUCUUUCAGCCGGACCUGUGCGACGUGGACAUCGUGCUGGUGCAGCACAAGAGCAUCUUCCCAGCGCACAAGGGGGUGCUGGCAGCCUACAGCCAGUUCUUCCACUCCCUCUUCACCCAGAACAAGCAGCUGCAGCGCGUGGAGCUCUCCCUGGAGGCCCUCACCUCGCAGGGCCUGCAGCAGAUCCUCAACUUCAUCUACACCUCCAAGCUCCUCGUCAACUCCUGCAAUGUGCAGGACGUGCUGAACGCGGCCGCCGUGCUGCAGAUGAACAACAUCGCCUCCUCCUGCCAGGACCUGCUGGACACCCGCUCGCUCAGCCUGGCCUCCGAGAUGGCCCUGCCCGCCGAGAGCUGUGCCGGGCCCCCACCCUACUACUGCGAGAUCAAGCAGGAGGUGGACGCCCCUCAUCCCAAGAUCUAUGCUCGGGAGGGCAACGACCCCUACUCGGUGCGGGUGGAGGAUGGAGCGGGCGGCGGGGCGCUCCCCCCCGGUCCAGCCAAGCAGUACUACAAGGAGGAGAAAGACGGUGGUGCGGGUGCCGUCUGCAAGAUAGAAGGGGAAGAGUCUGAGGAGGACCUGGACAGCCAGGGCUCGUACAACCGGGAGCAGAUCAUCGUGGAGGUGAACCUCAACAACCAGACCCUCAACGUCUCCAAAGGCAUGGAGGGGAAGGCAGCAGCCAGUGAGGCGGCCGUGAUGGGAAGGCCUGAUGGCGAUGGGCAUGACACAGAGGAGGAGGGGGAAGAGGAGAACGAGGAAGGAGAGGAGGAGGAGGAAGAGGAGGAGGAUGCAGAGGUGGGUGAAGAGGAAGAGGAGGAGCACAGCGAGGAGGAAGACCUGGAGGAGACAACGGAAGAAGAAGAUGAUGACGAUGACGAUGAAGACAUGUCAGAGGUGAAAAGGGAAAAGGGCGGGCAGCCCCGCAGGGGCACGCGGGCCUCCAAAGCCACCAAGCCCACCAUGGCAACCCGCUCCCAGGAGCUAGCCAAGGUGGAAGAGGAGGAGGAGGAGGAAGAGGAAGGCCAGCGAGGGAGGAAGAGGAAAAAAGAGCAGGAUGGUUUGGGCCAGAAGGUGAAGCUGGAGGAGAAGCAGCACUACCCGUGCAAGAAGUGCCCGCGGGUGUUCAACAACCGCUGGUACCUGGAGAAGCACAUGAACGUCACCCACAGCCGCAUGCAGAUCUGCGACAAGUGCGGCAAGCGCUUCCUGCUGGAGAGCGAGCUGCUGCUGCACCACCAGACCGACUGCGAGAAGAACAUCCAGUGCGUGACAUGUGGGAAGGGGUUCAAGAAGCUCUGGUCCCUCCAUGAGCACAACAAGAUCGUCCAUGGCUAUGCUGAGAAGAAGUUCUCCUGUGAGAUCUGCGAGAAGAAGUUCUACACCAUGGCCCACGUGCGCAAACACAUGGUUGCUCACACCAAGGACAUGCCCUUCACCUGCGAGACCUGCGGGAAGUCCUUCAAGCGCAGCAUGUCCCUCAAGGUCCAUUCCCUCCAGCACUCUGGGGAAAAGCCUUUUAAAUGCGAGAACUGCAAUGAGCGCUUCCAGUACAAGUACCAGCUGCGCUCCCACAUGAGCAUUCACAUCGGCCACAAGCAGUUCAUGUGCCAGUGGUGUGGCAAGGACUUCAACAUGAAGCAGUACUUCGAUGAGCACAUGAAGACACACACAGGAGAGAAGCCCUACAUCUGCGAGAUCUGCGGGAAGAGCUUCACCAGCCGCCCCAACAUGAAGCGGCACCGCCGGACCCACACCGGGGAGAAGCCCUACCCCUGCGACGUCUGCGGCCAGCGCUUCCGCUUCUCCAACAUGCUCAAGGCCCACAAGGAGAAGUGCUUCCGCGUCAGCAACCCCUUGGCUCUGGACACCGCCGCCUCCCAGCCCGCCGCCAGCCCGGCCCCGCUGCCCCCCGCGCCCGGCGCCUCCCCGCUGCCCCUGCCGCUGCUUCAUCCCCUGCCACAGACCCUCCCUCCUCCUCCUCACCUACCGCCGCCCCCUCCCCUGUUUCCGGCGGGGAGGAUAAAUUCAAACAACAACUAGGGACCCCCAGCCACGCGCCCGCACGGACUGCUCUCCCCGCGGGGGAGCCGAGGCUUCGCUUGCUCUUUACCCCACCUCCUCCUCAUUUUGGGGUUGUUUUGGGUUUGUUUUGUUUUCCCCCCCUGCCUUCUUCUCGCCCAUCAUUCUCCACGGAGAGGGGGGAGCAGGAGGAAGCCCCCGCUGUGAGGCACGUGGGUGUUGUGGAGGGGAGCCACCGUCCCAUCUGUAAGGGUGUAGGUCAAAGGCGUCGCUCUCCGUUCCAUCUUCCCACGCACUGGCUUCAUCUUCAUGCUGGGAUGGUGGUGGGGCUUGGAGGAGCAGGAUGCCACGCCAGCCGUGGUGGAGCUGGCCAGUGUCGUGUGCCCGCCGGUGCUUCAAUACUUACCCUCAGCUGAAAUCGAGCUCGUGGUGCUUGAAUCCCUGUACUGUAAAGCUGGUCUUUCAAUUCAGCCUCUGCAGCCAAGAGGUUGAGAGGUGGGCACCACCCUGCUGGCCCCGGUGGCGCCAUGGCAAGCAAGCAGAUGUCCCCGUUGGAAAGCUGUCAGCCUGCUCUCCUUAGCAGCCCUCGCUGCGUCUUCCUUCCCCACAAGAGGUUUUCCUCCUUGAUAGGUGAAAGCACAAACGCCAAUGUUCCAUCUCGGGGCAUCAGCAGCUUGCUGCUGGUUCAUUUUUGGGGUAUCCUAAGGGAGCUGGGCUCUGUUGUGCCCUUUCCACUGAUCCCAGCAGGAGCUGUGCUCCUGGGGAUGUUCUGGAGUUGGUGAGGUGUCCCUGGGAGGGUUCAGAUGGCCUCAGGACUGGUGGGAGGGUGGCUUGGGGCAGAGGAGCAGGAUGCCGCUGUUUCUUGGCGGAUUCAGCCCAGAAUAGUGCCUUAACAAUUCAAACAACCCCCUGGCUGGUGGGUGACCUCCCAUUUGGGUCCCACUGCAAGGUUCAGAGCUAAAGCAAGACCACCUUCAGCAUGAUGACAGUGUCCCAUCCUCCCAACUUGCUGCCCACAUCGCUCUCCCAAGCUUCACCUCUCCCCAUGGGGUUGGCAGCUGUUGCCUUGCCCUGGCUUGCGGGGACCAGAAAGGACCAGUGAAGGCUGUGCUUGGUUUGGAGAUGUCCUGUGAUGUUGGUUAGCACUUCUCUGGUCACAAUGUGUGUGUUGAAGAGCUGGUCUUUGGUUUCACUCAUUCAGGCUGGCUUCGUGCUGGUGGAGGAGAAGAGCAAGGCUUUGCUUUUACCCCUUUGUUGGAUGCUGGGGUCCAAGUUGGGUUUCUGUCUCCUGUACUCUGCCCUGGAGCAUCAUGCAUUGGCCUGUUCACAGCUGUGUGGUCUCCCUACCUGAAGAAGUGUCCCCUCUGGUGUCAGGGAGUGUUGCAGAGUCUGCAGAGCAUCCAGCAUGGGCAGAGAUGUGCUGGCCAAGAGGUGGGGUGCACUGCAGCUGAUGCUUUGCUCCCCAGGCUACUGUGGAUGUGUGCAGAUGUGAGUCAGGUCAUGGAGGUAGUGAGCAGGGCUGUUGAUAGCCGGGAAGGAAGAGAGGAUAAUGAAUGGACUUCAGGAGCCCUUUCUCAUUUGCACCUUGUUGUAGGUGAUAGCAGGGUGCUGGGGACAGUGAGCCACAUCUGGCUCUGUGAGAAGCCUCAAUGCUUUGUCUCCUGGACGGAAUCACCAAAGCACUUGGGCAGUGUUGAGGUCGUCCCUGUAGAGACAGGAGGAUUCAGCCACGUGCUCAGGGGCUUUACUGACCAGGGAUGUUCAGGAACAUUGGUCUGAAAGAAAAAGGAAGGGGAGAAUCUGCUCUUCUGAGCACUCUUUGAGGUGAUGAGUUAGGUAGCUGGUGGCCUCUGCUACUGAGUAGUGGCCCCUGUGCCUCACAUCCCCGGAGUUUUGCUCCCAUUAACUUGUUGGAGCAACACAUUGCUUUUCAUCCCCAUGCUGGCUGGGAUCCUGUGGAUCCCCAGCACUGCAGUCAGAGACAAUGAACUCACUGCCAUUGGCUUUCUGAAGGGACCAUGACCCAGACUAGAAGAUCAUUGCUUUAGAGAAGUUUUAGGGAAGCACCACCCUGGAGGUGUUGGAGAGCCUCGGCAGAGGGGUCCAUGUAGUCUCCUCCACUGCCUCCC